CUACGCCAGCAACGCGACCCCACGAAACCCUCCCCCUCCCCCGCCUUGCUCCCGCCACCAAUUCUCCUCUUCGCAUGCACUCGCGCACGUACGAACCAUGUCCGCCACCGACGACAGCCACGCUACGAAGCCCACGCAUCUCGAUCCCAGCGCGCUCGGCACCCGCGAAUACUGGGACGACGCGUACACGGUCGAGCUGGCAAACCAUGCGCAAUCCGCCGAAGACGAAGGCACAAUUUGGUUCUCGGACGCCGGAGCCGAAGAGCGCAUGCUGCAGUAUCUAGAGGAUCUGGCCGACGAAGGGCGCCUGCACAAAGAAGAAGAGGAGGGAGAGACGACGAGCUUCCUCGACCUGGGCACAGGCAACGGACACUUGCUGUUUGCGCUACGCGACGAUGAUUGGGAGGGCCGCAUGGUGGGUGUGGAUUACAGUCGCAAGAGCGUGGAGCUGGCGCGGCGCAUCGGCGAGACGCGCCGCGCCGAGAACGAGGAACUGCGCGCUGUGCAGUUCGAGGAAUUCGAUAUCCUGGCGGGCACACCAGGCGAGUGGCUCGGUGCAGGCUUCGAUGUCGUGCUGGAUAAGGGCACCUUUGAUGCCAUCAGCUUAAGCGGCGAGAUGGAUGCGCAGGGCAGGCGUAUCUGCGAGGGCUAUAGGGAGCAGGCGGAGAAGCUGAUCAAGAAGGGCGGCAUUUUGCUGAUUACGAGUUGCAACUGGACAGCCGAGGAACUCAAGGAGUGGUUCGUGGUUGAUGGAGGAGAAUUGGAGUAUGAGGAUGCUAUCAAGUAUCCCAGCUUCACGUUUGGCGGCAAGACCGGACAGCAAGUCUGUUCUUUGGUCUUUAGAAGAAAGACGGCGCCUUGAGGAACCUAAGACAAUCUCUGGAUAAGAGGGUCGUUUG